AGCGAGGGAGCGUGACAAAUCUCCUGGCUCUCCAUCUUCAUCUUGCGGUUUGAAAGUCCCACUGGCAGUCACUGUCUUCCUCUCUCGGGCUUUCUGUGGUUCACGACACACAUCUCUUUCUCUGAAUACCUCAUUAUCCACUCUUUAUUCAAAUUCUCUACACAAUCAGCUUUUCUAUACUUCCAUGAUCUCGUCAAGCACUUGUAUAAAAUCAUCAAUAUGGCUACAACCAUAACCCCUGCAACCAACACUGCCAGUUUCCGCAGCACAGUUUUCACGCCUCAAAACCACCUCUUCAAUUGCCACAUUAACCGUCGUCGCCGAUUAGUCGCUGCCAAGGGGAAUAGCGGAGACGGAGACAAUGGAGGUAGCGAUAGCAGUAGCAAAACGCAGCCGCCUUCGAUUAGCCUGGAUGACGUGAAUCCGGUAGGGCUCGGGCGGAAAUCGCGGCAGAUAUUCGACGAGGUGUGGAGGAAGUUCUCUGGGCUAGGUCAGAUCUCCAGGACGAGUCGCACCGAUGAAAGUGAGUCCUUGGAUGCAUUGCUUAUAAGAGAGGGACCUAUGUGUGAGUUUGCGAUUCCUGGUGCUGCCAAUACAACCGUCCUCGUCGUUGGCGCCACCAGUCGCAUUGGUCGAAUCCUCAUUCGCAAGCUCAUGCUCAGGGGUUACACUGUCAAGGCUCUGGUUAGAAAGGCUGAUCAGGAGGUGGUGGGCAUGUUGCCGAGGUCGGUGGAGAUUGUGGUUGGGGAUGUGGGUGAUCAGUCCACGCUUAGGACUGCCGUGGAAGGUUGCAACAAGAUUAUUUACUGCGCCACUGCUCGUUCUACCGUCACUGCCGAUCUUAACAGGGUCGAUUAUCAAGGGGUUUACAAUCUGUCUAAAGCGUUUCAGGACUACAACAAUCGGUUGGCUCAACUACGAGCGGGUAAAAGCAGCAAGAGCAAGCUGUUGCUGGCUAAGUUUAAGAAUGCUGAUUCACUGGAAGGGUGGGAAGUUCGUCAGGGUACUUACUUCCAAGAUGUGCUUGCUACUAAGUACGAAGCAGGGAUGGAUGCCAAGUUCGAGUACACGGACAAUGGAGAAGCUGUUUUCUCAGGCUAUGUCUUCACCAGAGGAGGGUAUGUUGAACUGUCGAAAAAGCUUCAGCUUUCUCUGGGUUCCACCCUUGACAGAUAUGAAGGUUUGGUAUUUUCCGUUGGUGGGAAUGGAAGAUCAUACGCUGUGAUUCUUGAAGCUGGUCCUUCUGCAGAUACAACACAAAGCAAAUUGUAUUUUGCGAGAAUUAGCACAAAAGUUGGAUUUUGUAGGGUCAGAGUGCCAUUUUCAUCUUUUCGUCCAGUGAAACCAGAAGAUCCACCAUUAGAUCCAUUCCUUGUACAUACACUGACCAUACGCUUUGAGCCGCGAAGGCAGAGAACUCUCGAUGGACCUGCAGGAGCGAAGCAAGACCUUAGAAACUUCAAGCUUAUCUUCGAAUAUAUUAAAGCCCUGCCGACUGGUCAAGAAACAGACUUUGUUUUAGUCUCAUGCACAGGAUUAGGAGUAGAACCUACCAGAAGAGAGCAGGUUCUGAAAGCCAAAAGGGCUGGGGAAGAUUCACUUAGGAGGUCAGGCCUUGGGUACACGAUCAUUCGCCCUGGUCCUUUGAAGGAAGAGCCUGGUGGCCAGCGUGCUCUCAUAUUUGAUCAAGGAAAUAGGAUUACUCAGGGCAUCAGCUGUGCAGAUGUGGCUGAUAUCUGUGUGAAAACAUUGCAUGAUUCAACAGCAAGAAACAAGAGUUUUGAUGUUUGCUACGAGUACGUUGCUGACCAAGGGAAGGAGCUUUAUGAACUUGUUGCACAUCUUCCUGAUAAAGCAAAUAACUACUUGACACCGGCACUCUCUGUUCUGGAGAAAAAUACCUGAUCAUCCUCUUUAGCAAUUUACCGUAUGCUUCUUGAGGGAAUAUCCAACCAACAGAACUGACCCCCCUCCCUCCUGAGAAAGAAAAGACUGUCCGAUACUUGUUCAUCAAUUUACAUGUAUGUUUUGUAAAGCAACCCAUAAAUUGCAUAAUUUUUUGUGUUUUGAGAUGUACUAUCAUCCUUUUCUUGGUGUCCAACGAACGGAACUGACCACUGCCUGCCCGAGAAAAAGAAGACUGUAUCCGACACUUGUUCAUAAGUUUACAUGUAUGUAAAGCGACCCCAAUUCUUUGUGUUUUGAGAUGUACUAUCAUCCUUUUCUCGGUGUGCAAAUCAUUAGUUUUCCUGGUAUUUUAUCCAUCACAUGAGAAAUCAUAAUUUGGCUAA